UCUCCGUUUACAUCUUCCUUCCCUCCGUCGUUUGACUACUCCUUUCUCUCUCUACACCUCUCUCUGUCUUUCUCUCUCCUCAAACCUCUCUUUCUUAUCUCUCUCAUUUCUCUCAUUCAUUCAUUCAUAUCAUACCUCAUCAUAUAUGUCAAUGAAUCAAUCAAUGUGAUCGAUCUUUCUCACUCUUUCUCUCUUUCUUUUUCACCUUCUUUUCUUCUUCUUAAACCGACAAAUCAACCUUACCCUCUUUCUUCACUUCUUUUUGUUUUUCUAACCCCUAAUAUUUGUUAUGUGGCGCCAUAAAGGUUCGGUUAUGGCUAUUCUUCUCUCUGCUUGAGGAUCACUCUUACUUUUAAGCGUGUUUCUUUUGAUUUUGAUUUUUUGAAUCACUUGGAAAGAGAAGACAUAUACACAGACAUGGCUGGAAGUAAUGAAGUCAACCUUAAUGAAUCUAAGAGUGUUGUUCCUCUUAAUACUUGGGUGCUUAUCUCCAAUUUCAAGCUAGCUUACAAUCUUCUAAGACGGGCGGAUGGAACUUUCAAUAGAGAGUUGGCUGAGUUUCUCGACCGCAAGGUUCCGGCCAAUACAAUUCCGGUUGACGGAGUAUUUUCUUUCGAUCAUGUCGAUCGGAAUACAGGACUUUUUAGUAGGGUUUAUCAACCUGCUCCAGAGAAUGUUACUACUUGGGGCAUUAUAGAGCUAGAAAAGCCCUUGAGCACAACUGAGAUUGUCCCUGUCAUAAUUUUCUUCCAUGGUGGAAGCUUUUCUCAUUCCUCAGCUAAUAGUGCUAUCUACGACACUUUCUGUCGUCGCCUUGUGAGCAUGUGUAAGGCUGUUGUUGUUUCUGUAAACUACCGAAGAUCGCCCGAGCAUCGGUUUCCAUGUGCUUAUGAAGACGGUUGGAAUGCUCUUAAAUGGGUUAAAUCAAGGACAUGGCUUCAAAGUGGAAAAGAUUCUAAGGUUUAUGUCUACAUGGCAGGGGAUAGUUCCGGUGGUAACAUUGCUCAUCAUGUCGCGGUGAGAGCUGCCGAGGAAGAUGUCGAGGUACUAGGUAACAUUCUUCUCCAUCCGCUCUUUGGCGGGGAGAAGCGUACGGAAUCAGAGAAGAAACUGGACGGAAAGUAUUUUGUGAGGUUGCAAGAUCGCGAUUGGUAUUGGAGAGCUUUUCUACCCGAAGGAGAAGAUAGAGACCAUCCUGCUUGCAAUCCAUUCGGACCUAAUGGUAAACGCCUUGAAGGACUAAAGUUCGCUAAAAGCCUUGUUUGCGUGGCCGGUUUGGAUCUUCUUCAAGAUUGGCAAUUGGAAUAUGUGGAAGGUCUCAAGAAUUAUGACCAAGAUGUUAAACUUCUUUACCUAAAGGAAGCAACUAUUGGUUUCUACUUCUUGCCUAAUAAUGAUCAUUUCUAUUGCCUCAUGAACGAGAUUAACACCUUCGUGCAUCCUAACUGUUGAUAAAUCGCCACUUCUCUACUACUACUACUACUUAACCAUACAUGACUAAAAGCCUGACUUGUAUUCUUUAUGUCCCUACUUUACAGUGGUGGUGUGUAGUUAUUAUAAUAUUAUGUAGUGUUGUUACUCACUGUUUUAACAUCUAUGGUGGUAAAAAUCUGAGCUUUCUGUUAUCCGCGGACUACUUGUUGGUGCACUCUGCCUAUAUCUUUUGAAGGGUAGCACCGGUUUCUGCGUCUGAGGUACCGGAGUUUGGUUGUGCCACUGUACUCAAAGCUUGCCCCAAUUUACUUGUUCGACCUCGAAAGGAGGAGGGAAGAUUCAAGAUAAGGCAUGGUUGAUGAAUUUGAUUAAGUGAGUGUUUUUAUGUUGUAUAACUAUUAUAUAGAGUGGGAACUUUUGAGUAUAGCCCAUCCUGUUAUGAACUUGUAUGUUUCUUAUAUAGUAAUAUAAGUGUCUUGUUUGUUUGAUUUUA